UGCAAACGUAACCACCUCGCCCAUCCGCCAUAGCUCCCCUCUCUCUAUCUCACAAUCCCCAAUCCACCUCUCUCCCAAACCCUAAUUUCCCCUCACCCCGAUAUUUAUACCCUCCAAGCUCCCCGGAUUUUCUCCCACUGUGAUUUCGUCUGUAAAUACAACACCUAUUAGCUCGAAACCCUAAUCGAUUUUUUGUUGUUGUAAAACGACGGCGUUUUGGUCCUAAAUUGUGAGCGUUUGGAACAGAAAACAGAUGGUGGGCGGUGGAAACAGGAGAGACGAGGGGUCGCUCGUCAUCAAGAACACGAACGUUUUCGCGGCGCUGGAGACUCUGAGGAAGAAGAAGAAGUCGGACAAGAAGAGCAAAGGGACAUCCAAGGACCACCAUUCCGGGCAGGUUAAGGCGCCGGAGCCGCAGGUCUACUGGGCGCCGGCUCCGUUGAAUGCCACCAAGUGGGCGGAUGUGGAUGAUGAGGAUGACGAUGACUAUUAUGCCACCACCGCGCCGAUUCAGCCGGUUUGGGGGACGUCUGACCCUCAGCCCAGUAAGCAGAAGGCCGCCAAAGUAGAAGAAAGUGAGAGUGAAGAAGAUAUUCUUGAUGAGGGCGAUGAAGAUGAGGAGGAGCAUGAACCAGAGGCUCCAGUUCAUCCUGAGCCAGUGGUCAAGAAGCCUGCUGAGGUUCCUGCACCACCAAAGGAGGCAGAAAAGCAACUGUCUAAGAAGGAGAAGAAGAAAAAGGAACUUGCUGAACUUGAGGCUCUUCUAGCUGAUUUUGGAGUUACGCAGAAGGAGACUGACAGUCAAGAUGAAUCACGUGGUGUUGCACAAGACAAGGACAGUGUUCCUAAUGGACAUGUGGAAAAGAAUGAAAAUCAUCCUGCAGAGUCCAAAAGCUCCAAGAAGAAGAAAAAGAAAGAUAAGGCUUCCAAGGAUGCAAAAGAAUCACAGGAUCAACCAAACAACUCGGGGGUGACUAAUGGACCAAGUGAAGUUGCAGUAACUGAACAGACAGAGGAUGAAACAUCAACUAUCGAUGUGAAAGAGCGACUAAAGAAAGUGGCAGCUGCCAAGAAGAAGAAAAGUACUAAGGAAUUGGAUGCGGCUGCAAAAGCUGCUGCUCAAGAGGCUGCUGCCAGGCGAGCAAAACUUGCUGCUGCCAAGAAGAAAGAGAAGAGCCACUACAACCAGCAGCCUGUGCGGUAAAAGCCCAGUUUCGUUCAACAUCUUAUAUAUGAGCAUGUAAUUUACCAUUGUUCAUAUGCCCAAGUUGUGCGAAAUAAAGAGUGGGUUUUUGGCUCUGUGGUUUUGUUUGAAGAUGACCUUAAUUGUAUUGCGGUUGACUACAGGAAGUUUCACUUUGGUCUUUUUGUUUACUCAGUUGUCACUAGACGUGUGGAUUUGCCAGUUUUGCGCAUUGCAUAUUAUUCCUCAGAAAGUAGUUAACUAGAUAUAUCUCAGAUCUCUCCGUAUUAGCUCUU